AUAUUGAUCGUGGCGAGAACGCGGCCGUCUGAAAGACGACUCGCAGGGUACGGGUUUGUACGACCUUAGCGAGUGCUCCCAUCAAGGCGCCGUGCCGCGCAAAUUAUCAACUUCUCUACGGCUGAUUAUGCAAUAAAGUAUAAAAACGCAAACUAUACUCGUUGGCGAAUUUUUUUGUUCGGUUUCGCUCGUUUCGUUAAUGAUCGAGAUAACGCGUGAACGUAGUUACAAUUUUAAAUGUUAUUAACUAUAAACAUUAAUACUCGUUACGAUUUUUAAAUAUAAAAAAUGUCAUUUCGCCACGCUCAGCCAUAAUUCACGUAAAAUUACACUAAAAAACGAUUUUCCUCAUAAUAUUUUUGCCUCUCUCGCAAAAUUUCUAAAGGAAAAUUGCUCUACUCUGUAUUUUUUAAUUGUGCGCCAUGCAAAUUGUACGCGCGACACACGUUAAAAAGAAUUUCUUUAGCUGAACGACUCUUUCCACGCUAAUAUUCAUGUGUUCAUUAUUGGAAGGAAAUAACCAGCGGCAAUCAUCGCUAUCGAGAAACUGCGUGGACAUCUGAAAUAGAGCAGAUAGUUUUCUGUCGGAACAUUAUUGAAAUAAUUUAUUUUUCCGAAAAACUGGAUCAAACGCAUUAAUGUCGUCCGCAGGCUUAAUCAUGAAAUAGGAGCUCGACGAGUUGACAAAUAAACUGUCAUUCUGUCACGUAUACAAGAAGCCAUAUAUGAACAAACCGAAAACUCGGCAUUCCUUGUCACGCAACGCUCGCAAACAGUGACUAUAAGAAAAUGGAAAAAAUUCGGAUAAACUGCGUCGGCUCGCUUCGCGUGCGUCACGGAUUGAUAAGACAAUGCAAAGCGAUUCGCAAAAAGCAAUCGAGUCACGAGUGCAAACCGAAUCGAGCGCGCCAAUUAACUAAUGCACCGAGCGCGCCACGAGUACGCGGGGUUGCCUACUGACCGGGGGAGUCGUCGCAUUCACUCACACAAGCGUUUGUCUGGGCGUGCGUGCGCUGCGAACGCGUGCCGUCAUUCGCGCAGAGAGCACAGUAGCAGGCAGCGAAAGGCGAAGCCACGGCCAGAGAAACAGUUGGUCGACAUGACUGCACGGCAACAGCCGCUCGCGUCGUCGAUUAGGACCUUAUAGCAGCGUAAAGUCGGAUAGUACUCAAGAAUAAACGAAGAUGCGCGACGACGAUUACGAUGGCAUCGCGUCAGCUGCUACGAGCAGCGCAAUGGUGGACAGCGAGGCGACGCCUCUGCUUGGAGCUCAGCAAUCAAGCAGCCGUAACAGAAUCAUGGUGGAAAAGAACAUCGGAAUUUCUCAGCAGACUCUCGUCUCCAAUUCGGGAGAUCGCAAUGUCGCGGCAGCGAAGAAGCUGCCACAGUAUAUGGCCGGCAUCGCGGCGACUCUCGGGGCCUUGGCGAUGGGUAUGGUGCUUGGCUGGUCGUCGGUCGCAGGUGAAAAAGGCGUCAGGAUUUCCGAAGAGUACGAUAUUGUCAUCACGGCGGAGGAUUUCUCAUGGAUCGGCUCAUUCGUGACCCUCGGCGCGGCGACGAUUUGCGUGCCGAUCGGCAUCAUCUGCGACAUGAUCGGCCGAAAAACCGCGAUGUUGAUCCUUGUGGUGCCGUUCACCAUUGGCUGGCUGCUCAUCAUCUUCGCCAACUCGCUGACUAUGUUCUACAUUGGUCGAUUCAUAACUGGUCUGGCUGGCGGAGCAUUCUGCGUGACAGCACCCAUGUACACAGCAGAAAUCGCCGAGAGCAGCAUCAGAGGUACGCUGGGCUCGUACUUUCAACUGAUGUUGACCGUUGGAAUCCUGGUGUCUUACGGUCUUGGGCCGGCUAUCAGCAUGUUCUACCUGUCGCUCGUUUCGGCGGCAAUUCCUUUGGUAUUUUUCUGCGUGUUCUUCUUCAUGCCCGAGACACCGAUCUACUACCUGAAGAAAGGCGACGAAGAUGCUGCGAGGGCAAGUCUCAUCAGGCUUCGAGGUCCAAGGUACAAUGUCGAGCCGGAAAUCCAAGCGCAGAUCGACAUCCUUGCUGAGCAGGAAAGAAGUAGAACGUCCUUCGUGGAAGCGAUCCGAACGAAGGCUGCCGUCAAAGCCCUCAUCAUUGGCUUUGGUCUGAUGUUCUUCCAACAACUCAGCGGUGUUAACGCAAUAAUCUUUUACUCAGGACAGAUUUUCGAUAAAGCUAACAAAGAUUUAAACGCGAAUACUGCAACGAUCAUCGUUGGUGUCAUUCAAGUCGUGGCGGUAUUCUUGAGUACUUUAAUCGUCGACAGACUUGGAAGGAGAAUUUUACUGCUCACUUCGAUUUUUGCCAUGUUCGCCACCACUCUCAUCAUGGGAAUCUACUUUUACUUGGACGACUCUAAAUACGACGUUACCAACAUCACUUGGUUGCCUCUGGUCUCCAUCUGUACUUUCAUCUUUCUGUUCUCCAUGGGUUUCGGACCCAUUCCCUGGAUGAUGAUGGGCGAGAUUUUCUCGUCGACUGUCAAAGGUAUCGCCGGAAGCAGCGCGUGUCUGUUCAACUGGUUGAUGGCCUUCAUUGUGACCAAGUAUUACACUCCAUUGGAGCAAGCAGCAGGUGCUUACACGUGUUUCUGGCUCUUUGCCGCUGUGUGCUUAGCUGGCACGUUCUUCGUGUUCUUCAUGGUACCGGAAACAAAAGGCAAGACCCUCGAGGAAAUUCAGUUCGAACUUGGUGGUGGUGUGUCGUCAUCGCCCAGGCGUGACUCUGUUAAAGCGUUUUCCGACUGAGAAAGCGCCUUAUUCAAACGAACCGACGGCUGGUAUCCAGCAGCGACUACUCUUCUAUAGUGUCCUGGAACUAAUGUCAAACAAACCAUGAAAAUCAAACACAGAUACAUGUGAUCCAGAUGUGAACGAGAGACUGCGUGAUAUGUUUCGAUGACAAUUGAGUAUUGCACAGAUCAGCGCACGAAAGACUGACUUCGCUUGCAUAGCGGCGUAUAAACUGUCGUUUUGUCCAGCGUAGCUUAAUAAACCGUUUGUUGUAUAAGUCGGAAACUUUUUAGAUAUUAUUUUUAUUUACAAUUUACGUAUAUUAGUUUGAUUAAUAAUUUAACGAACUUGUACAGACUUUGUACAAAGAUAUUGUAAAUAUAGAUU